GUUUGUAAGACAUAUCUUGAUUUGGACUAAAAUGUAAUAUUAAUCAGUCUGUAAAAUAUUUUUGACAUAUGAACUUGGAUUGAUUAACUGAGAAUAUUUAGUGAAAGACAAAAUGAAUUCUUUGGUUAUUUUUGUAUCAGUACUGAAUUUUCAAUUUGGGCUUUGAAACACACUUCGGCACUUAUAAAACAAGUACAGGCUGUUCCAAGUGGCUCGUCGCCGGAGAAAAGUAUUGAAUGCGCUUUUAAAUUGAUGAAGGCAAAUCACGUCGCAGCAAAGAUUCUUGGAGGUACAGACAGCUGUAAACUACUUUAUUUCUCCCAGUUAACAGGUUUUGAGCCAGGGAAUGAGUACCUCGAAAAGACUACAAAGUUUGAUUACUACACUUCACCGGCGACCUUCAAGGAGACUGUACAACAUAUACUUUUCUCUGAAGUAAAGGUUGGAGACAAGUUUCAGUUUGUGAUUCAAAAGUCGAACACAGACAAAUUUGGCAUUGUGUUCAAUGACGCGACAAAGACCACCAUGCUAUCUUUUCAAGAUCGGUCCAACCAAGUAAUAUUGAAAGAUGUGUACAAUGGUACCAUUGGUGAGAUGAAAAUAGCACAAUCAUAUCCGUUCGCCGACUUCAAGGAAUACAAGAUCGUAUUCCAGGUACUAGAGUUACACUGGCAGAUUAUCAUCGACGACGUUGCAUUCACAACAUUUACCCAUCGCUAUCCUUUCACUCAGAUAAGAAAGAUUAAAGUCAUGAUUGGACAUGCAGUCACCUAUCUUACAAAGGCAUUCGAUCCAAGACUGCCAGAGUAACAGUCACCACUGAACAAGUAAUUGAGACAUGCGUUGAGAACUACCUUUACCUUUUUAUUAUUUUACUUUUUGUCUUAAUGACUUUUCAAAAACAUUACACUCUGAAUAAAUAAGAAAUUAACAUGUUUAUAAGAAUUAUCUGCUAUUUAGUCUAUAUAUGUAUGGUAUUUUAUGACACAAAGAAUGGUCUUUAAUUUCGGAGGAAACUAAAUAAUUAAAGUUGACUGCAUCUUAAUUUCAUCGUAAAAAUGUAAAAUGAAAUACAUGUACAGUUAUGUAUCAUAUA